AUGGUAGUAAGGGCAUUAUUCCAAACAUCGAGAUUUGCUCACAUUAGUAUCAGAUACUCCUCACUAGCAGCUGCCUCCUUCUCAAAACCAUAUAUUCCGACCGUCGCCGGAGUUCAGAAGUCAGUACCGUUCGAUAAUCUUCUCGAUCAAUACUCUCGUGUCCAUUGGGAUGACACAGUUACAUACGAUGACCCAACUGUUCAGAAGUUGUUUCACAAUCUCAUGGCAGGAAGUCGAGCGGCUCUUGCUUCUGCAAUCACUCUUGUGGAAUCCAAACAUCCGACUAAACGUGCACAAGGAAAUCUAUUACUGAAAAUGGUGUUAGACGAAGAGAGGGAAAAAUAUAAGAAAUACGGAAGAGAUUCUAUGAUCUUUCGUGUUGGAAUAUCUGGAAGUCCAGGAGUUGGAAAGUCUUCAUUUAUUGAAGCACUGGGAGCGGAGUUGACUGAAAACCGAGGGAAAAAAGUUGCCGUGUUAACAAUCGAUCCAACAAGUGCAAUGACUGGAGGUUCCGUUCUUGGAGAUCUCACAAGAAUGCAAGAGCUUUCCAGAAAUCCAAAAGCUUAUAUUCGUCAAUCACCAACAUCUGGAUCACUUGGUGGUGUUACACGUGGUAUUCAUGAAGCUGUCAUUUUGUGUGAAGGAGCUGGAUACGAUAUUGUAAUCAUUGAAACUGUUGGAGUUGGUCAAUCCGAAACAUCAGUUUCUGACAUGUGUGACAUGAUGUGUCUUCUUCUCUCACCAGCACAUGGAGACGAAUUGCAAGGAGUGAAGCGUGGUAUCAUGGAGAUGAGCGAUUUGUUGGUAGUCACUAAAGACGAUGGAGAUUUGCAAGCGAAGGCUAAAAUGACACAAGCAGAAUACAUUUCUGCAUUGAAAUUCAUGAGACCUCGACUUGAUGUCUGGAGACCGAAAGUAAUGCGAUCUUCUAUUAUGAAUAAAGAAUCGGUGUCAGAAGUUUGCUCAAGUCUAUAUGAGUUUUGGGAUACAAUUGGAGAAUCUGGAGAUCUCGAAAAAAGAAGACAAGAUCAAAUGAAGAAAUGGAUGUGGAAUCAUGUUAAGGAUGAAAUCAUGGCUGUGUUCCAAAAACACCCUAAGAUAGCUCAUUUAGCUCCAAAACUGGAAAACGAGAUCAAAAGUGGCAAAAUUACGCCAGGACUCGCUGCGGAAACAAUGAUUCGAACAUUCUUUGGUGUUUAA